GAGUAAAACUGGUUUAUCAUCAUUCUCUUUCUUUCUACCUGAAUCCCUCCUCUUUCGCUAUUACUAACCCUCUCUUCUUGUCUCUCCCACUCUGUCUGUCUCUUACUUUCAUCAUCAUCAUCAUUUUUCCUCUUACUUUUGGCUCUUUCUUUUUUGGGUUUAAGCUUAAGCCAAGAAAGCGCUGGUGAUACUUUUUAAUUUAGUUUUAUCAAACCCUGGUUCAAAAACAAACUGGUGUUGAUAUUUAAUUCAUUUAGCCAUGAUAUUCAUUAGUUAAUCAACAGUUGUAGAAAGACCAAAAAAAAGGUCAACAAUUAACGCGUUUAUCAUAAUCAUCACCAACACUCAUCAAAUUGUUUAUUAUUAAUUACUUCAAUUACAUUUUGAUUAGUGUGCUUGUGUGUGUGUUUUCACCUUUGGUUUCAUUGACAACCCAAUUGAUACAUUUUUUUGUACCCAAAAAAAAUCGUCAACCUUUUAAUUUUGUGGAUCCAUUUGGAUGAAGACUUUAACAAUGGAUUCAACAAUUUAUUUAGUCUCAAGGAUUAGCUGAUGUCAACUUUAAUUGUGAUUAACAAACAAUUGCUCGGAUAUUUUCACCAAUUAAAAGUUUUUGAAGAAACCCAAAUCUUCAAUUCAUUUUCACCAUCCACUGUCAUCUUUAACCAGAAAACCAGAUUUUUGGAUUCCUUCAAACACUUUCAAAGCCUAAUUUUAAUCUUCAAAUUGUCAACCUUGCUGUUACCUGUUAAUUAAUCAAAUAUCGGAUCAAUAACCAAAACAAUCAACUCAAUUGUUGAGUGUGUGUGUGUGUCUUUCAAACAUUGUCAUUGAUCAACACUUUUUGAUUUUAAUUUUUACCAGUUUUUUUUUCAUUCAUUCAUCAAUAUCAUUUAUAAAUUGUGAUUUGCUGCUUUUUUCACAUUCAAUUUGAAGGGCUCAUUAACGGCUAAUUAUUAUGAGGAGAUCACAAAUGAUCAUUACCAAUAUCAUUGGAUUAACCAUUGUUUCAUCCACCAAUCAGUUGAUUAUAAAUGAAAAGGAUCUAAAAAGAUCAUUCAGUCCUUGAUUAUUCAAAUAUAUUAUUUCAACCUGAUCACAUUCAAUUAUCAAUUUUCACUCAAAAUUGAUAAACAAUCAGCUUACAUUCAUCAGUCAACAUUACAUUUGUUUUAAGCUAACAAUUGCAAUCAACAAGACCUUAACUUUGACCCAAAUUCAGCUGAUUAAUUGAUUGGAAAGAGAGAGAAGCAAAAAAAGGGGAAAAAAUAAUUGAUCAUUAAUAACCGUUAAUCAAGUAACCAGUUUUAAAUCAUCAACAAGACAAACUAAAAAAGCUACUUCAAUCCAUAGUCAUUCAAGUCCAGAUUCAAAUUGUCAUCAACCAUCAUUUUCAAUUUCAUUAUUUUUCAUCAAUCCAAUUGACUAAAUCAUCCAGAGCUGUUUGCCAACCAAAAUAACCAGAUUUAAUUUUGAGUUUUGUGUUGGUUUGUUUUUUCAAGUUAAACCCCAAACAACGGCACAACGACGAUACCCAAAAGUCCAAACGGUUUUCCCGUUACAAGGUCAUCCCAAGUGGCCCCUUGUGACUCAACGGGAAAGUGUGACUCUGAACCAGGAGAGGAAGAUUGUGAUCCAGGUUUAACCAGUUUAAAAGUGUUUCCCAGUGGAUUGACACAAUCACCUGAUUCAACAUCUCUUGUUACCAACAUUCAUAGUCACGGAUUAACAUCUCGAUCAGCCAGUGUUAAAGGUCCAUCACCUUUGGGUUCACCAGACUCUUUACCACUCAGCCUAACCUCUUCAUCUUUAAAGUCAACCCUUACAUCAACAAUGUGUCCACCACCUGCAGUAACCUGCGAUGAGAAUAACCAUGUUGCCGUGGUUUGGCGUAACCUUACCGUCUACAAACCAAUGGAUCUGUUGGAUGGGUUUCUGGUUAAAUCAAUGUCACACAAGUGUCGAAAAGCCAUUUUACGAAACAUUUCUGGUGUAUUUCGGUUUCACGAUUUAUCAGCCAUCAUGGGACCCUCUGGUGCAGGUAAAACAACCCUGUUACAAUGUCUCUUUGGUACUUGGUCAGGCAGAUAUAAGGGUAAAAUAUAUCGUAAUCCAUUGGCCAACAAGGCUUCCUUUAUAACCCAGAAAGAAGAGGAUCACCUUUUCCCGUGCCUUUCCGUUAUAGAGUCCAUCUUUUAUGCUUCCCGGUUAAAGGGUGCUCAAAAUGAGUCCAAGGUGGUUGAAGAGCUUAUCGAUCAACUUGACCUUCGCAAUUGUCGCCAUACCCUUGUACACUCUUGUUCCGGGGGUCAACGUAAACGCCUUGUGAUUGCCCAAGAAUUGGCUUCUGAAGUUAAACCUAAAAUAUUGUUUAUCGAUGAACCAACCUCUGGACUUGAUUCAAAUGUAUCAUUUACCGUUUUAACUCAACUGCAAAAACUGUGCAUGGCUCAUGGUAUGGCCAUUAUUGCCACCAUUCAUCAACCCUCUUACAAGAUACUUAAACUGUUUGACCAACUGUAUGUACUCUCACGAGCGGGACGCUGUCUAUACCAGGGUCGACCCGAAGUGUUGCGCUCCUAUUUAUCUCAAUUCCAGGUAAACUGUCCCAAUGGGCAUAAUCCAGCUGAUGUGAUUAUUGAUGCAGCAGCCAUUAAUACAGUUGCCUUACUGGACGAAGAAGAACCAACCGAUUGUUUUAGCCGAAGUCAUAAGAGACGCUCAUCAAGGAGACACUCAUCCUCAUUAGCCAAGUCAUCAUCACCAGUCACCACUAAAAGUAUACACUUUACAACCUCACCAAAUCAUUGUAAUCCCACAACAAAAUCAACAUCCACAACAAAUCAUUUAACCAAUCAUCUCUCAUCUCCUCCAAUCUCCUGCAUUUCCCAUCAUUCAACAACAACAUCAAAUUCAUCUUUAUCCUCAUCACCUCCAACCAUCAAUGGACUAUCAAGUCACUAUCAACAUUCAACACCAAUCAAUGAAUCAAUCCAAAGAGUCAACACUGAAUGAAACAAAUACUGAUACUUAUUUAACCUUUAGCAAUAACACAAGCAUCUCAAUAGUAACCCCAUUAGAUGAAAAGGAGAUGCUAAAGGUACGCUUGUUGGAAGAAUCGUCGGCUAAAUUGAUUGAAUUUGAAAUGGAUUCCAUUGAUACCAGUUCAAUGUCUGAAGUAGAAGCCAUGAGAGAAAAUCGUAAUCACUUAAGCCUUCGCCAUAUGAUGUACCUGCUUCGUCGAUCCUUUCUUCACGGUACUUGCCGUGAACCCUUGUGGUUAUUUAUUCGUGUUGGUUUACACGUUUUCGUUGCCCUUUUACUUUCAAUGCUUUACGAUGGUAACAUUGGCGUUGACAAUGGCUGUUUAAGGGUAAACUCAGCGGGCUACUAUUAUCGGCCCAAUUGUACAGAGCAAGUUCCACUUUCCCGACUUCGUGAAGAAUCCAAUAUAGAUCGAAACAUUUCCUAUCUAUUUUUUAACCUGCUCUUUCUCAUGUUUGCCGCACUCAUGCCAACUGUAUUGACCUUUCCUUCGGAGAUAAAAAUAUUCAUGAAUGAACACCGGAAUGGCUGGUAUUCAACAGCUUCCUAUUAUAUGGCCAAAACGUUGACCGAAUUUUGGAUUCAGCUGAUUCUUCCCUACCUCUAUUCACUGUUUACAUAUUGGACAACCUCACAGAUUGGCCUUAACUCUUUUAUCGAUGCAAUACCCUUUACAGCGGGUUCAAGCAGGUUCAACAAUUUUGUCUCCAUAUCGAUACUUGCAUCUUACAUUGCUCAAGGAGUCGGAUUUUUCAUUGGAGCCAUUUUCACCACCAAUUUUAAUAUAUCCAUAUUUGUGGCCACCGUUAUAAUGCUUUUCAAUUUCCUGUUUUCCGGAUUUUUUGUCCGCUCCAAUUCAAUGGGACGAGCUCAAUUUAUAACUUACCUUUCUUUUAUACGGUUUGCCUUUGAGGCCAUCUUGUUGACCAUCUAUGGACAAAACCGUUGUCAUCCCAGUGAACCUGGUUCACUUUCUGGUUCCCGGUUAACCAACAACUCUGCAAUCUCAAGUGAAACUACCAGUGAUUCCGAGUAUAACAAUGUGAUCUCCGUAGUGAUGUUCAAAUUUGAGCUCAAUGAUAAAGACUAUUCAACCCAUUUUACCGCUCUUGCUUUACACCUUAUCCUUUGGAGGUUAAUCACUUUUUUCAUCCUCUAUUUCAAAGUUAAUCCAGAUAUUAAUCUGAGAGCACCUAAUUUAUCCUGUUUAUCCUGUUUAUCACCAAGGAAAAUUUUCUCAGCCAAAUGCUGUCUCUAUUUUUCAACCCUUGUAAUAGUUAUUUCGCUAGCUUUUAUCAUUUUUUCCGUUUAUUAUUUGAUCACCGAGUGAUUUGUCCAACUCCAUUUGGUCAACCCAACUUUACCUUAAAAAGAGAUGUUUUUUUAACACACAAAAAUUAAAUAAAUAAAUAUCCAAUCAAUUUGAAAUAGACAACAAAAGGCGCAAAAAUUAAACUACAAUUUUCACAUUUCAACAAAAAGUAAAUCAACUUUUCCCUUUUUAAUAAACCAAUUGAAAAAUGAUAA